AUGGCGGGGAAGAAGAAUGUUCUGUCGUCUCUGGCAGUUUACGCGGAAGAUUCAGAGCCCGAGUCCGACGGCGAGGCUGGCGUCGAAACAGCGGGCAGCGCGGCUGAGGAAAAAGGUGGAUUAGUAUCUGAGGCCUAUGGAGAGGAUGACUUUUCUCGCCUUGGAGGUGAUGAAGAUGGUUAUGAAGAAGAGGAGGAUGAGAAUAGCAAACAGUCGGAAGAUGACGAUUCAGAGACUGAAAAACCUGAGGCUGAUGACCCAAAGUUUCUGCACUCGGCCAGCACUGAAGGACCUGUAGAAGUGGGCGUUGCAGGGCGGAAGUUUGCACUAAGGAUCAGAGAAUGCUUUUCUUUGGAGAGAUACAAAGCCAUUGUAAAGAGCCAAGAGGAUAACCCAGAAGUAGAAAAGCGAGAUCCUCAGGAAUUAGUUGCCUCCUUUUCUGAAAGAGUCCGGAACAUGUCGCCUGAUGAAAUCAAGAUCCCCCCUGAACCCCCUGGCAGAUGUUCAAAUCACUUACAAGACAAGAUCCAGAAGCUUUAUGAGCGGAAGAUAAAGGAGGGAAUGGAUAUGAAUUACAUUAUCCAAAGGAAGAAAGAAUUUCGGAACCCCAGCAUCUAUGAGAAGCUGAUCCAGUUCUGUGCAAUUGACGAGCUCGGCACCAACUACCCAAAGGAUAUGUUUGACCCCCAUGGCUGGUCCGAGGACUCCUACUACGAGGCAUUAGCUAAAGCCCAGAAGAUCGAGAUGGACAAACUGGAAAAGGCCAAAAAGGAGCGAACCAAAAUCGAGUUUGUGACAGGCACCAAGAAAGGUACCACGACCAACGCCACGGCCACCACCACCACCACGGCCAGCACAGCAGUUGCAGAUGCCCAGAAGAGAAAGAGCAAGUGGGAUUCGGCCAUUCCGGUGACAACGAUAGCCCAGCCAACCAUCCUCACCACCACGGCCACCCUGCCAGCUGUCGUCACGGUGACCACCAGUGCCAGCGGCUCCAAGACCACGGUGAUCUCUGCCGUGGGCACCAUCGUGAAAAAGGCCAAGCAGUGA